AUUUAUGCAGUAGUAGAUUAACAGUUUGUGUGUAUUGUAUGUAGGGUAAAAUCAAAAUUAAAGGAAAUCAAGCACUCGGACUCUGAGUUGAGGAGCAAAAGCAAUUUCGAAUUCGCUGCUGUCGGGCACGGUCCGAGGUCAAACUAUGCAGAAUGAGUGCAUUGCUGAAUCGCUUGUCCAUGCUGAACUGCUUCAAAGGCACAGCCGACAGCUGCGAUGAGCCACCGAAUGUCGAUAUGUUCAGGGAGCCAGUGAUACUCAAUGUGUACGAUAUAUUCAAUAUGAAUGAGUAUGUUGGGCCCAUUGGCUUGGGCAUUUUCCAUACGGGGGUCGAAGUCUAUGGCGUUGAGUACACGUAUGGCGGUCACACCUUUGACAGCUCGGGCAUUUUUAGCAUGACACCGCGCAGCGCAGAGCCGGAGCUGGGCGAACAAUUUCGCUAUCGUGAGAGCAUACAGCUGGGCUAUACGCAGUUUACGCAGUCGGAGGUGCUGCGUAUUGUUGAGCAGAUGGGCUGUCAGUUUCCUGGCAACAGUUACCACUUGACCAACAACAAUUGCAAUCAUUUCUCCAACAAACUUACGCACAUUCUAUGCGGCCGUCAUAUACCAAGCUGGAUUAAUCGUUUGGCCAGCUUCUUUGCAUGUCUGCCCUUCUUGGAGCGCUGCCUGCCGCCACAGUGGCUCUCACCCGCGUAGUUAGGCAAGUGAGCGGAGCAUCAGACAGGCGCGCAACAAAUACAAAAUGGACACUGACAAAAUGCGCUAUUAAGCAAUUUCUGUGUUUUAUUAAUAUACAUACAUAUGUUUGUGUGUAUGCGCCUGCAUGUGCUUUUUGUUUUUAU